UCACCUUAGUUGUCAUUCCUAACCCGAGAUUAAGAAGGAGUCCACUCCUCCUUUUAACCUCUCGUUCUCUACAAAAACCCUAACUUCAUCUCUGUCCGUCUGUCUCUCUCUCUCUCGCCACCUCAGUCCUCUGAGAAGAACGCUCGUACUCUUAGAUCUGACAUUCAAUAGCGAACGUUCUCUCUGUUAAGAAAUGGCUCUGGUCUUGUAUUCAUGGGACACAAACAGAAAUGCUUUCAAGGCACUUAUUGCCGCAGAGUACUCAGGUGUCCAAGUUGACCUGGUCCAGAAUUUUCAAAUGGGUGUCUCUAAUAAAACUCCCGAGUUCCUUAAGAUGAAUCCUAUUGGGAAGGUUCCUGUAUUGGAAACUCCCGAUGGUCCCGUUUUUGAGAGCAAUGCGAUAGCACGUUAUGUUACUCGCUUGAAGCCUGACAAUCCUCUUUAUGGUUCUUCACUUAUAGAAUAUGGACACAUUGAGCAGUGGAUCGACUUUGCAUCAUUGGAGAUUGAUGCUAAUAUCUCCAGAUGGCUUUAUCCCAGAUUGGGAUUUAUUGUAUACCUUCCUCCGGCCGAGGAAGCUGCUAUUUCUUUCCUGAAGAGAGCUCUUGAGGCUUUGAACGCUCAUCUUGCUUCCAACACCUUCUUGGUUGGGCAUGCUGUGACCCUGGCUGACAUUAUUAUGACAUGUAACUUGUAUGGGGGAUUCACUGGGAUCAUGACUAAGAGCUUCACCUCAGAGUUUCCUCACGUUGAGAGAUAUUUCUGGACUAUGGUUAAUCAACCAAAUUUCAGCAAGAUAUUGGGCGUGGUAAAACAAGCUGAAAAGGUUCCACCUGUUCAGGCAGCAAAAAAACCAGCCCAAUCAAAAGAAGCUGCUAAAUCAAAGCCUAAGGAAGCCAAGAAAGAAGUCCAUAAGGAGCCUGCAAAGCCCAAAGCUGAAGCUGCUGAUGAAGAGGAAGAGGCACCAAAGCCCAAACCUAGGAAUCCUCUCGAUCUGCUGCCCCCAAGUAAAAUGAUACUGGAUGAGUGGAAAAGGCUAUACUCAAACACCAAAACCAACUUCCGCGAGGUUGCAAUCAAAGGUUUCUGGGACAUGUACGAUCCCGAGGGUUACUCUCUUUGGUUCUGUGAUUACAAGUACAAUGAAGAGAAUACAGUCUCCUUUGUCACUAUGAAUAAGAUCGGUGGGUUUCUUCAGCGGAUGGAUCUGGCCCGCAAGUAUGCCUUUGGGAAGAUGCUAGUGAUUGGGUCAGAGCCGCCAUACAAGGUGAAGGGGUUGUGGCUAUUCCGUGGCCAAGAAAUUCCUAAGUUUGUGCUUGACGAGUGUUAUGACAUGGAGCUCUAUGAUUGGGUGAAGGUUGACAUCUCAGAUGAAGCCCAGAAAGAACGUGUCAGUCAGAUGAUUGAAGAUCAAGAGCCUUUUGAGGGAGAGGCUCUUUUGGACGCCAAGUGCUUCAAGUGAUGACCAUCCCCAACAGAUGGUUAAUGUUCUUGCCAUGUUAUUGUCCUUUUUUUGUGUGGUAGAGUUUAUUUUUAUUCCUGGUUUCGAACUGAAUGAAACUAUCUUUUAUUUGUUUAAAUGGCAUUGCAUAACCAAAUUUUUGGCCUUAUUAAUUUAAAAAUAGUACGACUUUUAUUGUUAA